AUUGUUUCACUUGCCAAGGGUUCUUUUUUUUGGCAAUUUUAAAAUGCAAAAGUAAAGAAAUAUCUAUAAAUAAAAAACCGUAAAACUGGUAGAAACGAAAAACGAAACAACCGAGAUCAAAAGUAAAAUGGAAUCCUGGGAUAAAAUCGCAGGUGUCUAGGUGAAAUCAACUACGCAAAUAACUCUUGACAAGUGGAAAAUCGAAUCGAUCAUGGAAUCCCCACUGUAUCCGAAGGCCAACAACAAUAUGGGCAUGGACAAGAUGAGCUCCAGCCUGAACAGCAGCACAUUGGAAGACACCACGCCCAGCGAUUCGGGAGUUCAACUCCUGGACUCGGAGAACAGCGACGUGAUGGUGGAGUCCAUCUGCUCAUAUGAGGAGAACGUGCGACCCCUGCCCCUCGCCUCUGUGGAUCCCAACUCCAAUGUAACUGCAGCGCCUGAGGAGUCCAUGACUAUCAGCGAGUGCUCUACGUUCGACACCACCGAGAAGAUAGUCUACCGACGAAAGGUGCACAAAGCCUCUUCCGCCUCCAAAACCCCCAAGAAACGAGUGUCCUUUCACGAGGACAUACUGAAGAACACACGGACCGACAACAUUCACAUUGAGCAUGGCUUUAUAACCUACAAGAACGGAAGAAAAUUGGCCUUUGCCAACUCUGCGGGCGUGGCCGGUGCUCCGGGUCGCUAUUCUUGGUGUCCAGAUCGAGAGAGGCCAGAGGGACCCAACGAAAUCAGUGCAGCUGGCAUAGAGGAUGAUGGUGAAGAGGCAGCCGGAGGCGGAGGAGCCAGGCGAAAGAGGCACUUGGUCUACCGAAAUGCCUGUUCAGAUGUCCUGGACUACGACAACAUUUUUGAUACGGACGAAGCGCACGGCUUGCACUAUGACACCUCGGGAGUCUUCGAAUACGGACCUGCUAGCGAGAAAAAGGAUGAGCCACCGCGGCUCUACAAGUGUGUCUGCAGCAGCUCCAACUCCAGCCUGGACUCCGACGAGCAGGACAAGAACUCAAAUGCAAAUCGCAAGCAAUACGAGCAAGCUAAAAGCAGCUCUUGCGAUUGCAUUGGUAUGAGCAAUGCCAACAACAACUUAAUCGGUGAGAACUGUUACUAUUCUGAGCCCAAUAUUGGAGAUGCUGACAGUCCCAAGGUGAAGUCAGUUUGGAACAAGGAGAAAAAGCCCAAGUCGAGUUGCUUGAAGAAAACCAAACGACAGACGAACGUAAUACUCGAGCAGGAUCUCAAUGGGCGGGUGAAGAAGUUCAACGUGCACGACAUCAAGCACCAGUUGCUGGACAACAGUAGCAAGAUGAUCUUUGGCUCGCUGAAGAGUAUCUUCACCAUGCCUCUGCCAGAGCGUGGAGUGCCCGAGGGCUCCGAGGAUCUGCAAUCCGUGGUGGAGUGCGUUCCCGAGCUGGAGCAAACUCCUGAGCACAAAGCGCGGCCAGUGGCCGAGUCACCACCGCUCAAAGCUAAGCCGUUCCUCAGCAAGAGUCUGGAUGGCAGCAAACAGGCACAACCAGUCAAGAAAUUUGUACACAACGUGGACGAGCAACUGCGACAUAAGAACGAAGACGAUGGUGCCAGCUCCACGGAGGCAUCUCCGAUGGAAUCAAAACAGUCGCACAUGUUACACCGCCAAGAAGAGUUCGAUAAGGAAACAGUGCCAAUGGGCAGCGCACAGGGCGAGUUCCGCAGCAAGUUUAUAAUUAAUUGCGAGAGCACCGUCUUCGAGCACACUGGAGUGUCCUAUGAGACGGGUGAACCACAAUCGGAACUCUCCUCCGGCAUCCAGCACACCAGCGUAGCAAGUUUGCUGGAGCAAAAUACUCCUGUCGCGGAGCCGGCAGCUAGUCACAUCAAGAAGUCCUUCUUGGAUGCUCCCAUUGCCAAGACGUUCAGCAACUUCUUUCGCAGCUUCAAGGAGAGCACAAGUGCUGUGGGAACACCAGUUGAGAAGGACGAGCCGGCAGCCACAAAUAACCAUUUCGCUUCGAAACCUUCAAAGCCGCAGCAGCAAGCACCGCCCGCAGGCAAGCUUCAGCGGAAUUACUCCUCAUCCACCAUAUCGGAACCCAGUUCCAAUACCAACACUAGCAGCAACCAUCAGAUGGCAAUGAACCCACAGCUAAGCAAUGCGGAGCGACACUCGCGUCAUCUUCCUUCUCCGCUCAAGAAGCGCGGACAACCUCUGCAGCCACCGCGCUACUACGACCAACAACAUUCCCAUCAAAGCAGGAGUCUCCACAGUCCCAGCACCUACUUGUCAGCGGGACGCGGUGGACCAGGAGGCAGUGGACGCGAUUCAAAGAGCACCAUCCUUAGUGAGGAAUUUGACGACAUACUAACCAUCACAACCACGGAUACGACUAACGAUAAGCGUUCAAUGGACAGCGAUUUGGUCAUCGUAGAUUAUACAGAUGUGGACUAUGCUCAUUUGCUGAAGCCGCCUGCUCCGGCGGCCAAAACCUCGCUGAUAAAUCGAUUCCUUCGCAAUGUCACGCAGAAGAAAAUCAUGGAGACUUCCAUACGCAAGAAUAAUUUCUUCGCCGACAAAUUGCGAACCGAACAGAGGACCACGGGAUCCGAUCUCUAUGUAAAGGGUGCAAGGCCAAAGAACUACGAGUUGAUAGAUGACCUUAACGCAGAGAUCGCCAUGGAGAUUGAGAUGUGCGGCACGAAUUCGCCACGCCGGGAACUUGCCAUUAGUUUGGAUAACGAUUUGCCGGGCAGCUCGAAUUUUGAACUUGGCAUCGGAGAGAUCUCGAUUGAUGUUUUCAAAGGAAAAUCUUUGCUCAAUUUGCAGCAAUCAAAUGAGCAGCUUAUGAAGGUGUUUAAACUGUAUACAGGCUAUAGUGUUGAUGGUAUUAUGACACCUGUGCUUGUCCUACUAACUGAUAAAUCUCUGUAUGUUGCAAACUUGGAUCGAAAUAAUCUGUGUGCCAAGUUUGUGUUGGCCUACAAGGACUUGGAUGUCAUACUGAUGGGACCCUUCGGCAACACUGUUUUGCUAAGCAACAGCACUCGAGAUAUGCAGCAGGUCCUGCUCGCGGGUGGACCCUAUCCAGCCGGAUCCCUGGUGGCAAAUCUGGAGUUGUGUGCCAGACGCAGUGGCUCCACCCUGCCUGCAGUUGGUCAACUAACCCUAGAACAUUUGGCUCCACUUCAGGCUUUCGUCCGCGCCAACAGUUGUGUGGGCGUAGCUGAGCACUGGCUGUUCUAUGCAGUUGUAAAUGUGCCAGCUGGUGGCGCCAUGCGAGUCGAAUCGCCCAGCGAACUUUUGGGACCCACUAUUAAGGGAUUCCUCAUGCAUCGACGACUCAAGCAGAACACUAGCACAUCAGCUGCGGCAAGAAUAUACUGGCAACCAGGAUACUUUCUACUGAAAGCUGGUGUAUUGUACAUGUUCAACGACUCCACCCAAAGGCUCCCCAGCUGGGCCAUGGCCCUUGCCGAGUGCCAAGGCGCCCAGCGGACUGUAAAAUCGGAGCGCCCACACUGUUUCGAGAUUACGCUGAAGGGCGAAGUCUUGCAAAUGGCAGCACCAGACGAGUAUGUGGCCUCCGAAUGGCUCCAGGCCCUCCUGCAAUCUGCUAGUGGUCUUGUGGUUCAGGAAGAGAAGCACAAAACCCUCGGAUGCACUUUGAUUGUUACAGAAAACCAUUUGAUAACCUUGCGCGAAGACUUUUCGGCUCCUCUACGGCAAGUUAGCCAACAGACGGACAACAGUGCAGCUGUUCCGGAGAACAGAGAAGUCGUUCUCGAGGAGGAUAUGCUCAGUGUUUUUGAAACCAGCAGCUUGAUGGGCUCUACUAUAAGUACACCAACACGUGGCACUCAGCACUCGUACCCCUCGCUGAGCUCAACACCCACUAGGCAAAUCAACGAGCCUGCUGCUUUAAAGGAAGUUGCUUCUUCACCUGGAAAGUCGCAGCGAAUGACAAGUGUUUAUGGAAAGAACUCUGGUCUGGCGAUACUCACCUGUGCCGACAUAAAAGCGAUGACGGGCAUUAAGAUUACCUCGCGCAGCGAAACUUGGUGGUGCAUAUUGGAGUUCUCCUGUCAGGAGGCUCCACUAGAAAAUCUGGACGAUCUGGUGAUCUUUUUUGCGAGCAGCAUGGAAAUGCAACGUUUUCUGCGGUUGCUAGAGCAACUUUGGCAGUCUAAAAAUAACGAUCUAUUUCCAAUAACUAUACUAGACGACGGUGACUCUCUGGCCGAGCAGUGCAACCAGCUCUAUAUGGAUACCAAUAGGGCCUGGGAGCCUCUGCUAUCGGCGGCGCUGGGCUAAAGUGGCUAUAGCCACAUAUACUCCAUUUACAAAUAGAUAAUUAUAUUUCCAUAUAUCUCAAGCGUUAAAUAUUCUAUCCUGAAUACUCAAAAUAGCUAAAGAACAGAAAGUAUUGAUAUUUAUAUAGUCGGUAAUGUGUAUUAUGAUUUUGUAAUGCCUGCCUCCGCUUGACUCAUCCAUUCAUUUGCGCUUAGUAACAAUUCAUUUGAAUAAUUUUUUGUGAUAUUAACCUUAAAAUCAAUGAUCUUGGUAUAUAUUUUUUGUAGGUUAUUUAGUUUCUACUUGUUUUCUACAGUCAUUAUUUCUUACCUUUUAUAAAUACAUUGUGUACAAAUAUUGCACAGAAAAAUAAGGACAAAAUAUUAUACAUACAUACGUAAUCUAACUUAUAUAAAAAUUAAACAUGUAAUCCAUAAUGUUAUGUUUUGGGGGUGCUCUACUGGUCCAAGGAUCAUAUCCAUAUGGCAUACAAAUAACAAUAUAUGGCUAUUUAUAAAAUAAACAGAACAUAAACAUUUAUAAAUGUGUAUUAGGAAAGAUAUUUAUGUAAGGUGGGCUUAAUAUUUUUUUGCAAUGCUGUGCCUGUCUUUUUCAAUUAGCAUAGAUUAAAUUCCCCUCCCAACGCCCAACUUUUUGCCGUAAGCCUUUCAGCCCACUAACAGCUCAUGAUAAUUAAUAAAAUGAAUAAACGCCAUUAA